GAGCGGGUGAAUCCCCGAAACCCCAAAUCAUCGAGCCCUCCUUCCUUUCUCUCUUCCCCAAAUUCGCACAGCUUCAAUCUUCACUUGUACUGUGGUAAUCAUCAUGGAUUCAAACUUAGACCCUCCGUCCACAGACAAGGGGAUUGCAGUUUCCGGGCCUUCAAAAGAUAAAGUUAAAAGGAAUUAUCGGCACCGAUCUCCAGGUAGUGGGUCAUCUUCAUCUGAUGGGAGUCCUGAGCACAACAACAGCUCUAGCCCAAAACCUUCAAGAGGAGAUCCUGGAAAAAUCUCUGAACAUCAACCGAGAAGGAAAGAUGAUGGGAAAGAAUUAAAUAAUGAUUCCGAGAGGAGCUAUAGGCAUUCUGAUAGGCAGUCCAGAAAUUCAAAGGGUUACUAUGCGCAUCCUGACUACAUCAAAGAUGAGAAGCAUGCAGAUGAUGAAGAAAGAAUUAAUCAGAAGUCAACUUUUCAUCCGGGUAGGGAAUCAAGGGGCAACACUCAUUUUGAUCCUGUCAGGUCAAGAAACCAUUCACGGUACCUCAAUAAAGAUUCUCAAGAUAAAUAUGAUAGUUUUGAACAUAGGAGCAGGGAUAAAGACAGAGGAUCUAGAUUUCUCGAUUACAAAAAAUAUAAAGAUGACUCAUUGUCAGAAAGACUUGGAUCUGGUAAAAGUGUUGGACAUUUUGAAGAUAUGGAAAGUGAGAGAUAUAGGCAUAGAGCAGACAGAGAUUCUCAAGAUGAGAAAAGAGAUUAUCGUAGAAGUUCAAGAAGCGAAAGGAAUUUCUCUUAUGAAGAGUCUAUGGGGCAUCGAAGUGAGUCAAUUUCAAGGAGAGAUGACAUUAAACAUCGUGAGAGUGAAGGUUAUAAGAGUCACCUGAAGGAAAUGGAUGAUGAAAAGCUUGAAAGGGAUCAAAGAAAGAAAUAUGAUGAUACCGAAACUAAGAGGAGCAAGGACCAAAUCACUAAAGAGCCUACAGAGAGUUAUGAGAAUAAAGAUAUGUGUAGGAGUCAAGAUCAAGGAUCUGCUGCAAAACGAUCAAAGUUUUAUAACUUGGACAGGGGCAUUGCUGGUCAGGAAGAUGUUUCCAAGUUCACAACUACAUCUGAUGGAAGGGACUCUUCAAGUUCCAAGCAAAUUCAAGAUGGUAAACUGGAGAAUGACAUAAAUGCUGCAAAAGUUGCUGCAAUGAAAGCUGCCGAAUUGGUAAAUAGGAACCUUGCUGGUGCGGGUCCUGCAGGUUGCCUAACUGCUGACCAAAAGAAAAAGCUGCUGUGGGGCAAUAAAAAGAACACAACUGCAGAAGAGGCAGGUCACCGUUGGGACACGGCUUUGUUUCCUGACCGGGAAAGACAAGAAAAGUUCAAGAAACUCAUGGGUGUGAAGGGGGAAGUGAAGUUGGAGCAGAACCCCAACAGCCAAGAGAGCACCGAUCUUCUCAGAGCCGAGAAGCAGAAGGAACUCCAGCAGGAUCUAGAGAAGCAGUAUACAGCUGGAUUGAGAAGAAGAGAUGGCCGCACUGUUGGUUUAGGUCUUUAAGCAUUCUAAGAUUCUAUUGUACCGUUAAAACAUUGGGAUAUUCUGUAUUACUCUUGUGCCAUAGCUGUGCUUACCACCUUUCUGUCGGUCUCACUUGGAACAUAUUCUAUUGUACUGUAAACCUGAGGUCCAUUUUACUUAUUGUUUUCCUAUUGGUGGAAUUCUUAUAUUCAUUUGUUUGCGUCUUAUCUAUUUUACUCAUUGUUUUC